ACUAUCAGUCCAUUAAAACUUCUAUAGUCUUUGAUUAAAACAAUCUAAAAAUUAAACAAAACUGUUUACAAUACUUUAUUACUUGGAGUUACAAAUUAUGUUGUAAAUUGAAAAAUAAUAUUAAUUAAAUUUAUUCCUUGAAACAUUUAAAUUAAAAUAUAAUUUCCUAUUGUAAUUUAUGAUGGAAUAGUACAACGAAUAAGUCGAAAAUGAUUGAAACCUGUUCAAAACGAUGUAUGCUGUUAGGAACAGUUUUGUUAGGAGUAUUAACCAUUGUGGUUCUUAUAUUAGAAUCACAAUUGGCAGACACUCUCUCAGGCAGCCAAAGAAUGAAAAAUAAGACUUUUCCUACAGAAAAUAAUUCAACAUGCUGGAUGCAUCAACCUUAUUCUAUUAUUAGUGAAUGUCAUCCUUGUUCAGAUUUUGAAAUACGAAGUAAAAGUAUAGGUGUAUGCAUACACACUAGUUUUAAAGAAAUUCUAAAAUGUGAAAAUGGCGAAACCGUAACAAGAAGCUGUGAUCGAGUAGCAUAUUUAGAAGAAAGAGCAUAUUGGAAAUUUACUAUUUGGUCAUUUGUGAUUGGAAUGGUAUCAUCAUUGGCUGUAAUGCUUAGGACAAGGGUUCUUAAUCACAGAGCAAAGAUAAGAGCUCGUCAAGUCCUGAGCAAUGGAUCUAUUUAAAUAAUAAUAUUAAUGCUAAUCAAGAUGAAUUUUAUGUAGUAAUUAUAUAAAUGUUAUUUAUUUGUUAUUAAAAUUAGGUGUAUGAAUAAAAUAUUUUGAUAUAAUCAUUAAAUAGCCACAGAUAAGACAAAUCAGACAAAAUGAAAAAAAAAAUCAGUUUUAAAAAUAUAUUUUUCAAUCAUUCAAAGAGUAUCUUUAAUAGUUCUGUAAUAACUUUAACAUUGACACUGUUCCCCAAUAACCUGUAACACUGUUUUGUUGUAAUAUUUUCAGGAAAUUUAUAAUUUUUUGGGAACAUCAUUAAAGAGAGAACUUCAUUUGGAGUGAAAAAUCUCAA